AUGGGAAACAUCGAUCACUCUCCAAGGAAGAUGCUGGCGGCCUGGCUCCAGUCUCCAGCCUCCGCUUUCGACCACAGUAUAUCAAGCAAUAUCUUGGGAUUCUCACUGGAAAGGACAGGGCAAACUGGCCAGGACAAAGAAUUGGCUAACCCCGCUUGCAAUGAUUUAAAUUCUGAUAACAUGCCGCAAAGGGCUCAAGGGAGGAUCAUUGUCCUCCAUGAAUAA